UCUCACCAUACAACUCUAGUCCAGGCUUUCCCGAUUCCAUCGAAACCUCUCAUAUCAGGGAUCGGAGCAAUCGUGUCACUCAGGGAUCCCAGCGGCCACCAAUGACAGCUCCUUCCUCCGGACAGCUGCUGCAACACAUCGCCCGGGGCCGGAGAUCGCCUUCCCCCUCCUACUAGGCACGAUCCAUAGAGGGCUGGGAGCGCAUAUACACUGCGACCAUGACCGACAUCAGCAUCGACAGCUCCAAGCUGCCCGGAGUCAAAGAAGUUUGCCGUGAUUUUGCAGUGCUGGAAGAUCACAGUCUUGCACAUACCUUGCAGGAACAAGAAAUUGAACAUCAUCUAGCCACAAAUAUCCAGAGGAACCGUCUGGUCAAACAUGACCUACAGGUGGCCAAACAGCUUCAAGAAGAGGAGGAACUCAAAGCACAAGCCAAGGAUAAGCACCGUCACAAUGAACUUGAAGAUUUAGAUAGUGAAAUAGCUCAGGAAAUUCAAGAAAAGCUGGUGAUUGAAGCAGAAAGCCGACGCAGACAAGAGGAGAAAGAUGAGGACAUUGCACGAUUAUUGCAGGAGAGAGAAGAAAAAAGGAAAAAGAAGCAUUACCCUCCACAUGCCGCUGAAGAGCCGUAUUAUCCUGACCAUGGAGGUAAUAGGCCAAAAGGACACCGAGAUGGUCCUCAAGGAAAACUUUGCGUAGGUGGAAGAAUCCGUGAUGAAGAUGAUGCUGAGAUUGCUAGAAGGCUUCAGGAAGAAGAGCUGAAGGUCAACACUGUGGAUUACAAAGCUGCACAAAUGGCACAAGAUGAAGAAAUAGCCCGUUGGUUAAUGGAAAAAGAGGAAAAAUCUUAUAAGAAAACUAAAGGUCGGAAAAGGUCAGAUGAUCAGGAGCUAAGUACACAUGAACAUGUUCGACCACGGUCAAAGGAUGAUUAUCAGCGCUCCAAAAGUGACAAACCAUACAGGCCUCUCCCUCCCCCUCCAGAUGAAGAUUACAAUGAAGAUCAAAGUAAUGAUUACACAAAUCGUAACUCCCACAGCUCACCCCGUCCCAGUUCAAAGUCUCAGUCCUCUCAUAAAGGUUCCCAUCACAGACCGUGAGACAUGUGUCCAUGGCAGUGAUGCUUAGAACCAUGCAGAACACCGGUGAGAAAGCAUCAAGGCAGUGUACUCUUCCCAUUGUCUUCCCUACAUGUGACAAACACUGUGCAGCAUUAUCCAGUUUCUGAGCAGCUGGCUAAAUUGGUAUUACAAAAACUGCAGCACUGUCAGUACAA